AUGGGGAACACCACCAGCGAGCGUGUGUCUGGGGAGCGCCAUGGCUCCAAGUCCCACCGCUCGGAUGGCUCCGGUGCCCCCCCCGCCACCAAGGAGCACCCGCAUAAGAUCAUGGUGGGCAGCACCGACGACCCCAGUGUUUUCAGCUCCCAUGACUCCAAGAUUCCUGGGGACAAGGAGUUUGUGUCGUGGCAGCCAGAUCUGGAGGAGUCAGUGAAACCAUCCCAACAGGCUCGUCCCACUGUCAUCCGCUGGGCCGAUGGAGGCAAAGAGGUCUUCAUCUCCGGAUCUUUCAACAACUGGAGCACCAAGAUCCCACUCAUCAAGAGCCACAACGACUUUGUCGCUAUCCUGGACCUCCCAGAAGGAGAGCACCAGUACAAAUUUUUUGUGGAUGGCCAGUGGGUCCAUGACCCAUCUGAGCCUGUGGUCACCAGUCAGAUGGGGACGAUUAACAACCUGAUUCACGUCAAGAAGUCUGACUUUGAGGUGUUCGAUGCUUUGAAGGUGGAUUCCCUGGAGAGCUCAGAAACCUCAGACUUAUCAAGCUCACCACCUGGACCUUAUGGCCAAGAGAUGUACGUAUACCGGCCCGAGGAGCGCUUCAAAUCCCCACCCAUCCUCCCACCUCACCUCCUCCAGGUCAUCCUGAACAAGGACACCAAUAUCUCGUGUGACCCAGCACUGCUGCCCGAACCCAACCACGUCAUGCUCAAUCACCUCUAUGCACUCUCCAUCAAGGAUGGCGUGAUGGUGCUCAGUGCCACGCACCGCUACAAGAAGAAGUACGUCACCACGCUGCUGUACAAGCCCAUCUGAGCCAGGGCCUUGCCCGCCCCCCACGCAGGACACGAAGCGCCGCUUUGUCUGCACACACUGGGCCACAGGACUGUGUGAGAACUGGCCGCUGGCUCCAGCCUCGAACCUGGCAGGGACACAGGCCCCUGGCUCCAGCCUCAAACCUGGCAGGGACACAGGCCCCAGCGACAGGCCCAGGGCCACUGGGGCCUGUGACACUGUCCCAUCCUACUGGUGUGGUUUGAUUUAACCCUUGGUUUCCGCCCACCUACAGCUCCCCUUGGCUUCUGUGAGUCUCUGGGGCCACGUUGCUGCUCACCAGAAUAGCCUUUCCUCAUGCCCACCGUGGAAAGGGCUUCACCCUCCCCGUCUUCUCCAGCCUGCAAGGGCCCCAAGGCGGUCCUGGCACUGCCCCCAGCCCAGGCCUCCAGGAACGUGUCCUACCUGCUGAAGGUUGCCGUGCUGUCCUCGUGAUGAGCCUCCAAGGCCACGUUGACCCCUAGGAGCCCUAGGAUACCCCAGCCUGCCACCUGUCCCCUGUCCCGCAGCCCUGGCUGUGGGGCUGCCCCCCUCCUUGUGCUCCCCAGCUUUGAGGAGGGCUCUCAGCUCUGUCUGCAGCCCCAGCCCUCUGCCAGGUUCAGCGUCGAGCCAGCGGGAGGGAGGGUACAGCCGGACGCAGCCACGCUUACCUGCCGCCGGGACAGCACCGUCAAGCACUGAAUGCCCCAUCCCCAACAUCGAGUGCUUCUGCGGGGCAGGGCUGACUUCGUCACAGGCAGAGGAGCACCCACGCACGCCCAUGCUGGAGGGGGCCUGGGGAGAGCGGAGCAGGGCAGGUACCCCAGGACCCUGGCUACACCGUCUGCUGCCGGAGCAGUGCCACAUGACAGGAUUUUCUCUAUUUAUUACAGUAUUUAUUGUUCUCGGU